ACGAAUUGUUGCAGGCCCAUUCGACCGACCGCCGUCGUUUCGAGUGAACGUCGGAAAGAACUCGCGUAACUAUCGUUAGAGUAGCGCGCGUAGUUCGUACCGGGCCAUGCACAAGACCGCGCGACCCGUCCUAGGGCUAUGGACACCCUCCUCGACAGGUUCAAGCGGGAGCAAGGAGGUCUCCGCCGCUCCCGAUCCGUCCGAGCUUCCCUGCGAUUGAUCGGCAAUCGCUUGCGCAGCAAGGACGAAGAACCCCCCGAGGACGUCGACCUCAAACGCAACACGGUCGUCUUCACGACCGCCCAAAUCUGGCCGACGGAAAACUUCGACGUCGCGUACAAAGGCCUCGAAGGGACAUACAAAUCGAAAACCCCUACGAUGGCGAAAAGGAAACCUGACGCGAAACCGAGGAGGAAGAGUGGUGAUAUCGAUUUAAAUUUGAAACCGCAUAAACAUGGAAAAGUGGAGAAAACUAAGUUCAGUGAUUUCUUUACGCAUAAAAAGUUAAAGAGUGCUUCGGCUAAGGAGUUGUUGGUGCCUGAAAAGAUUCCUCCAAAAGCAGCAGCCAUACUUCAUAUUCAUUCCCCGGAAGAAAAGGGGAAGAAGAAGUUAAAGGGGAUGGGGAAGUCGGAGUCUGCGAAGUCGAUCGUGGAUUCCGUGCCGCUGCGGCGCGUGCGCCGCGGGUCGGAGAGCGACAUGUCGUGCGAGGAGCCGCGGGGGCGCGUCAACCGAGCUUUUGUGUACAGCACGCCGCCGAAGGAUAGGAAACUGCCCAAAUCACCGUCCGCCUAUCUAAAGCUCCAGUACGGCGUGCUCCUCGAGGGGUGCGCGGGGGAGCUGCCGUCGCUCUCAGCGUGCGCGCCGCUCCCCCCACCCCUCGACAAGGCGAGGAGGCAGAAGACGAAUGACAAGCUUGACAAAGUGGCUCAAGUUAACAUACACUUACACGCACUCUUCGCAGCCGUCGAACACGGAUACCUUGACAAAGCCAGGAACAUCCUCGAGUCCACCGAUGUCGACGUCAAUAGUGUCAACCCCGAUGGGCUGUCGCCGCUCGAUGUGGCCGUGCUGGCCAACAACAGACCGCUUGCCAAGAUGCUCAUGGAGUUCGGAGCCAAAGAGGGCACGCAAUUCAAGAGCGCAGAGGCGCUGGGGGCACACCUGCGGCGGCUGACUCGGGAGGCCGAGGCGCGGCUGCAUGAUGCUGCUGGGUGCUUCCCGGAGCGUGCCUGCCGGGACGAUGCUUGUACAAGGUCAUCAGCGGGCAAGCAGGCGGACACGACGGGGUGCGCGGGCGGCGCGGGCUCUGAGAAAGACAAGCAGGCGCAACACUGGGAGCGGAGAGUGAGGACGCUCAAACGUCUUCUCCACGGAUGGCAGGCUCUACGGGUGCCGGCGGCGCCCGCCCCUCCUGACUUGGAAGUGUGCGGCGCCCACUCUGUCUCUGUACGGCUGAGAGAUCCCAGACUGACGCGGGAACAGCCCCCCAUCACCAAAUACAAAGUUGAAUGGUCAUCUCGCGCCGACUUCUCCAACGUGUGCGGCACCCGCGAGGUGGCCUGCGCCGUGCACGGCCCCACGCGGGUGCUGGCGGCGGGGCUGACGCGCGGGCGGCGGUACUUCUUCCGCGCCGCCGCCGGCAACCUGCGCGGCUGGGGCGCGCCCGCCUGCUCCACUCCACGAAGCGUUGUGCCUAGCAGUUGGCGUGACGUGUCGAGUCGCGCGCCGCGCGGCGACGGCUGCGGCGCGGCGGCGCUGGAGGCGCUGGCGGGCGCGGCGGCCGGCGCGCGCGCCCGCCCCGCCGCCGCGCCGCCGCGCCUGCCGCGCAAGAAGACCGCCACCAUCCGCCAGCUGUUCACGGCCGCUAGCAAGUUCCAGAAGAAUCUUAGAAGGGGCGUCUAUUUAGCAUGCAUACUGUACCACGAAGACAAGGUGUUGGUGACUAGUGAAGAGUUCCUACCAGUGAUUGAAGUCGACGAAACUUAUCCUACGUGUAUCUAUACGGACUUCCACUGGCUCAUGAAGGUGUCAUGCGCAUGGGACGACGUUAAAGCACUUCGGUCAGACAUGGAGAAGCACACUUCGUCGUCUAUCCAUUUUCGGCUGAAGCUGCUCACGGCGUGUGCGCAGAUGCAGUCCGCGCUCUGUAUUCAGGAUCUAGGUCAAUUAUACCACAAACCGCUGCGAGACUCGCACGGCACCAUCGUCCUGUCAUGUGUGAACAGCGUCAAGUCCGCCAAGUCCGUCUCCGCCCUCAACUCGCGCUGGGCCCCGGUGUCCAGGCUUCGGCGACGAGUGCUGAGCGAGGACAACACUAUUAGCGAGCUCCUAAUGGCGUCUGUGCAUGAACAGAUCGCGUACCAUCAGGUGUCGCGUGUUCAGCUGCCCCGCGGCCUGUACCUGGGCUACCUGAAGCUGCAGUCGUCGGUGGAGGUGGUCCGCAUCGUGGCGCCCGCGCGCACGCCCAACGUGCCGCCGCACACGCGCGUGCGCGACAACCCGCACGUGUCCGCUGAGGAAUGGGACUUCCUAAAAACGCAAGCUGGCAACCCGUCAUCCGAGGACCCGCAAGCGAUCCCCACUCUCGUAGCCAUGGGCAGCCAGGAGAAGCCUUCCGAAUCUCAAGAGAUGUUCCUGGACCAGAUCGCGUCCGCCUCCCGCCGGCUGUUCAAGGAAAUGGACAUUUCCAUAGAAACUGCUAUCACCCACCGAAUCUACGACCUUGAGGUCAUAGAACUUAAUAGCGAUGUCAGUUUCAUCAUGCUAUGUCCUCCAGCGGAACAAGCAUGCUCAGUACCCGGCCAAAAAGAAAUACUGCUACAGAAAGGAGACUUACUCAGUUUACCGAUACAGGCAUUCGAGAUGAUACAUCUUCAAACGUAUCACACUAACAUAUUAAACAAAUACUCUAAACUUAGCUGCGUUUUGGAGCUGGACGUUGCUUUAGCAGCUCAUUCACAUCGAGAAGCAUUCUCUUGCACAGAGCUACAGACGGCCAAAGAGCGGCUGACCAAGCUAGAAGAACUCCAAAACAAUUUAAAUGCUAUAUGGAAGGCUGAAAGAUGGCUCAUGGAUCUGAUCGGUUUCGCUAGAGACAAAGACAAAGCCGCCCCCAGCUCCGGGAUAUUGCUCAAAUACGUCAUAGAAAGAAUGCCGUCGCAAUCCAGCGUCGACGGUUCCGACGCGGAAAAUAACGAAAACAUCAUGAAGGUUGACUUCCUUCAAAUACCAUCAAGAGAUGGCAAGAUUAACAAAACUUCCCCAGGAAGGGGCUCCUGGCCCGGCCCGGCUGGCAACGGGAACCACGCCAAUCUACAUCCAGAGUUCAGCAAGUCGGAACAACAACUAAGUCUCGCCCCUCGACAAACUUCCGUCUCCACUCUGAACCUCAGCACUUCGCAAUAUCUCAACGCUGAACCUAACUUCUCCAGAAAAGGUAGCGCCGAUUCACAGUACACUCAAUCGAGUGUUAGUAACAAUUUCAUGAGCAGCAACUCUCAGUUCGACGUCAAAUCCACAAGCUCACAUAGCACCAGCAGCAAUAGACUACCUCCAUCUCGUAGCGAAGAUACUCUCGUCUUACAAGACAAUGAGCCCAAACCCAGACCGAACAGUACGCACGCAAGCAUGUCUACAACUUCCAGCCCCCUACUCACAGUAAAAGGCUAUUACCCUGGAAGCAUGAUCAGCGUAAGAGCUAAAGGCAUCGCUUCUGAAUCCGCUCAGAGCUUAUCAAGCGACUCCGAAAGCCAGAGCUGUCCUAUAACAACAGCAAUUCCUUUGAAAGUCCGUCCUCAACUAAAACAUAGAGCGCAACACGUGAUCGCAUCUAAAAGUAUGACUAACGUAAAGUCUAACGAUGUUGAUUUUACUGAUACUGGGCAAGAUAUGUUCCCGAAUAAGUCGGGGUCGUGUGUGAAGCGACAGACGUUGUUGGAGGCUCAGGAGGAGGCCGAGUAUCACAAUAAGGUUCCUAAGACUGACGAGAACAGGGGCGAGGAGGACCGGCCGCCGGACCAGCCGGGGAUACUGCAGGUAUUUGCUGCGUACGAGACCGGUUUAGCAGCCGGCACUUCGCUCAAGCUUCACGUCACCCCGCGCACUUCGGCGCGGGAGGUCAUCGACCUCGUCGUCAAACAGCUCAACAUGGCCGCCGUCCUCAAGGGCAAGCCCGGCCCCGUCUACGGCCCCGAGAAACUGCAGGACUUCUGCCUCGUCGCCGUCAUAGGAGCCCGGGAAAGAUGCCUCCGGGACGACUUCAGACCGUUGCAACUCCAAAACCCGUGGAGAAAAGGCAGACUAUACGUCCGACUCAAGCAUGAUGUGCUAGCGGCGCUGCAACAUUCUGCCAAGCAGCCGGCGUUCAUUUAAAAAAAUAGUUUGUUUUUAAAAGCGUGUCUAUGGACUUUUAUAUUUUUAAAUAAAUAAUUUCAUAGUCUUAAGUUGA